AUGCUCCUUGCCAACCACUACGCUGCAUCUCACCCUGUUGACUCUGACCACCCACCAGUGCAGCAACCUAGCCGCCGACAAUCCCUUGACCCCAAUUCAAGGACUCUCUAUCCACUAUCCUCCUUACGACACCACCCUUACCUUGACCGCUCCACGCCUAGCCCAUCCAAUUCAAGGAGAGGCUCUCUAACAGACCCAGCCUUACACGCAACCUUUCGUCCACCUCUGUCCCCUCUUUCCGGAAACUCUCCUCCCUCAUCACCGGCUCUUCAUCCCGCCGGCAUUCGUCAUUCUCCACUAGAACAUCGAUCUGAUUUGACUGGCCGCUUUCUACCCUCACCCCCUUGUGCAAACAAUAACAACAACAACACUUACAUUAACCAUAUUAAUCAUAAUAACAGUAACAACAAUCCUACCAAUGCUCAAUCAUCCUUACCCUGGAGACGUGACUCUCUUCCUUCAAUAUCUCACCUCACAAAUGGUCCUCUGGACUAUCACUAUGUUCACCCAAACUCAACAACUCCAGUAACACAAUUCACAUCAAUAGCAGGCCCGGCAAUCAGUAGUCCAAGAUUACUUGAAGAAGCUGCUGCGGCAAGACGUCACUCAAUCGCAGUAUCAUCAUCAUACGAACCAUCUUCAGCAGACUCGUCACCAAGAACCCCCAACGAAUCACGUCUACACCAACUAGACGAAGUGGAAGGAGAAGAAAUGGAUGAAGGAGAAGGAGAAGGUGGUGCUUAUGGUAGCAUUGGAGGUGGCAGUGGCGGUGGCAGUGGCGGUGGUGUAGACCAAAGACGAGCAAGUCAAAUGUAUUCACGAUCUCCAGAGUUACGUGUCAGUCACAAACUAGCCGAACGCAAAAGACGAAAAGAAAUGAAGGAUCUGUUUGAUGAGUUACGUGAGAUGUUACCCGGAGACAGAGGGCUCAAGACAAGCAAAUGGGAAAUUCUGAGCAAAGCCCUGGAUUAUAUUUCUUCGCUACGUGAUCGAGAUGUUCAAAUGGAACAAGAGAGGCUUGCACUUCAAAAGGAACUUGCACUAUUUAAGAAUUGA